AUGGACAUCACAAAGAUGAGCAAUAUGGGCUGGCCUCCUUUUCUCCAAGCCAUGAACAGCACCGCUCAACCACUGAACUCUUCUUCAUCGUUCCCUGGAAUAAUGGACACUUUUCUUGUAUCCGCAGGCCAAGCAUCGCCUCUACUCCAGCUCUUCCUAUUCGUCUACCGCUUCGUGGGCGCUCAGUUGGGUCUUGACCCAUCUCUCCUCCUCACCCUCCUCGGUUGUCUCUGGGGCUUGUCUAAACUCUUCGAUCAAGUAUAUGCAACGAUCGAUAACUUCCUUCACACCUAUUUCAGGUGUACCAUAUACGUUAGCGAGAAUGACCAGAUCUAUUCUACGCUCAUGCAGUUCCUGUCGGAGCAGCAAGACAUUGCGACUAAUCGUCAUCUUACAGCCCAGACUGUUUUUAAGAGUGCUUGGGACGAAGAAGAAGAUCAAGCAGAUGUGUUGGCCACGAAUACUGUCGAAGACGCUGAAGAUUCGCCUAAGUAUCUCAACUUUGCCAGCGACGCAGCUAGAUGUAACCCACGAUAUGUCCCAGCCAUGGGCACGACAGGGUUUUGGCACGACAGGACGUACUUUCGGGUCAACCGUAAGAGAGAGUCUCUGCAAAGUACCAACGGUUGGGGAGGGACCAAGGAUGUUGAGGAGCUUAAAAUAUCUUGCUUCGGCAGGUCUAUUGACCCUAUCAAGCAGCUUCUCGCAGAUGCCAAAACAGCCUAUUUCCUCGAUACUCGCCACAAGACCACUAUCUACCGCCCAAGAAUAAAAGAAAGUCGCCGUGAUGCUUGGAGCAUGUGGCAGCAAGUUGCCCGGAGACCUAUCAGACCAAUGAGAACUGUGAUUCUCGAGCAUGAAGAGAAGCACGACGUAUUACGUGACAUCAACGAGUAUUUGCACCCCGGAACUCCUAAGUGGUAUGCUUCACGAGGUAUUCCCCUGCGCCGUGGUUAUCUCUUUCAUGGACCACCUGGCACUGGCAAGACAAGUUUUUCGUUUGCAUUGGCUGGUGUUUUCGGUAUCGAUAUCUAUGUCAUCAGUCUUCAAGAUCCUACCGUCAGCGAAGAGGAUCUGGCUGUUUUGUUCACCAGACUUCCUCGCCGAUGUGUUGUCCUUUUGGAAGACAUCGACACUGCUGGUCUUCGUCGUCCCAACGAUGAAGAAGAUGAAGAGGAGAAUGAAGACGGUACCGGAGAAAAGGCCGGCGAGGCCAAAGGCAAAAAGACUGAAAAAGCGGAGAAGAAAGAAAAGAAGAAAUCCAAAAAGGCCAAAGACUCUUCCGACAGCGACACCGACAGCUCUGAAGAGGACAGAAAGAGACGCAGAAAGCGAAGACGAAACAGAAGAGACAGAGAGAAUACCAGCAACAGGGGUACUAAUAACAUCUUGACUGUGGAAAGUAUUUCACUUUCUGGACUUCUCAACGCCAUCGACGGUGUUGCUUCGCAUGAAGGUCGCAUCCUCAUCAUGACAACCAACAAGCCCGAGUCCCUCGACGAGGCUCUCAUUCGACCGGGACGAGUCGAUGUGCAAGUUGGGUUCAAGAACGCAACCAGCGCACAGGCAUCGGAGCUCUUUUACCGAAUGUACGAGAUGUCGCGUAACAAGCCAGUCCCUAUGUCCAAGACCAAACCAACCGCACCCAAGCCACAGAAUGGCAGUAUUCACAGUCUCGUGGAUAGCAAAGGCAAAGAGACCACUCUGUCGAUCGAUGAUCUCAAGACGAUCUCCCAGGAGUUUGGACAACUUAUCCCAGAGGGUAUGUUCUCGCCUGCGGAGAUUCAGGGGUUCUUGCUCAAGCGCAAGAAGAGUCCUCGAAAGGCGCUUGAGGAUGCUUCUGGUUGGAUUGAGGCUACUGUUAAGCAGAAAGAGCUCAAAUCCAAGGUUGUUACUGUCCAGUAG